GCGGAAGUGUGCGAUCGGGGGCGGGACGAGAGCCCGGAGGGGCUGUGGAUUGCGGAAGUUUUUUGCGGAGGGUCUGGAGGCUUUUAGAGCUCCGUGUGAUUUUGGAACACGUUCCGGAAGGGAGGCUGCUGCUAGAGGUCCGAGAGCCACCGGCCUGCGCGCGUUUGGGGGUACCCCAGGCGCGACUCGACGUCGCCGCUGUUGGUUCUGCGCCCCCGUUCCUCCUCGAAGAACCGCUUCGGGGCUCCGCCAUGGCAUCCACCUCGUCUAACCUUCAGAAGGCGAUCGACCUUGCGAGCAAAGCCGCUCAGGAAGACAAGGCUGGGAACUAUGAGGAGGCCCUGCAGCUCUACCAACACGCUGUGCAGUAUUUUCUCCACGUGGUCAAAUAUGAAGCACAGGGUGAGAAAGCCAAGCAGAGUAUCAGGGCCAAGUGCACGGAGUACCUUGAUAGAGCCGAAAAACUGAAGGAUUACCUGAAAAACAAAGAGAAAAGACCACAGAAGCCAGUGAAAGAGGGACAGCCAAGUCCAGCUGAUGAGAAGGGGAAUGACAGUGAUGGGGAAGGAGAAUCUGAUGAUCCCGAAACAAAGAAACUACAGAAUCAACUUCAAGGUGCCAUUAUUAUGGAGCGACCUAACGUGAAGUGGAACGAUGUUGCGGGUCUGGAAGGAGCCAAAGAAGCACUUAAGGAGGCUGUGAUACUGCCUAUCAAAUUUCCACAUCUGUUCACGGGCAAGAGAACACCCUGGAGGGGAAUCCUCCUGUUCGGGCCACCGGGGACAGGGAAGUCCUACCUAGCCAAAGCUGUCGCCACGGAAGCAAACAACUCCACGUUCUUUUCAAUUCAUUCCUCCCACCUUGUCUCCAAGUGGCUGGGGGAGAGUGAAAAGUUAGUUAAGAACUUAUUUCAACUUGCCAGAGAGAACAAACCUUCCAUUAUCUUCAUUGACGAAAUCGACUCACUCUGUGGUUCAAGAAGUGAAAAUGAAAGCGAGGCUGCCCGCAGGAUUAAGACGGAGUUCCUGGUUCAGAUGCAAGGGGUUGGUGUGGACAACGACGGAAUUUUGGUUCUGGGAGCUACAAAUAUCCCGUGGGUUCUGGAUUCUGCCAUUAGGCGAAGAUUUGAGAAACGAAUCUAUAUCCCUUUGCCGGAGGCGCACGCCCGGGCCGCGAUGUUCAGACUGCACUUGGGGACCACGCAGAACAGUCUGACGGAGGCAGACUUCCAGGAGCUGGGGAGGAAAACCGAGGGCUACUCGGGGGCAGACAUAAGCAUCAUCGUGCGUGAUGCGCUCAUGCAGCCUGUUAGAAAAGUGCAGUCGGCCACUCAUUUUAAAAAGAUAACGAUGCUGGGUCACUCCUCAUUCCAGGUUCAGGGACCUUCGCGGGCGGACCCCAGCGCCUUAGUACACGACCUGUUGACGCCUUGCUCUCCGGGCGACCCUGGUGCCAUUGAAAUGACGUGGGUGGAUGUCCCUGGUGAUAAACUCUUGGAGCCAAUUGUUUCCAUGACGGACAUGUUGCGGUCACUGUCCAGCACCAAACCCACAGUCAAUGAACACGACUUGUUGAAGUUAAAGAAGUUUUCAGAAGACUUUGGCCAAGAAGGCUAAACCAGAGACGACGGAGGCGACGUGUACUGCUGUGCCUGCCCUUUCUCAUGGGGGCCUCCCUGCCCCUCCCGGGGGUGGCCGGACGGUCUCAGUGACACACGCAGCCACAGGGAGAGCAGGGGUCACUUCAGUGUCCCUCUGACCCGUGUGUGUGUUUGCUGUUACCAACUAAAUGCUCUUUUUAACAAAAAUGAUAAAAUAAUUGAUUCUGAGGAAAUAACUGAUACACGAAUGGCAAAAAUAGAAAUUACCCAGUAAAAAGAGGAUUAAAGUUAAUUGAGAUACAAGUAUUUAAAAUUGCUAUGACUAGUGGUCUUUUAAAGAACAUUUAUCUUUUUUUUUUUACUAAAAUGAAUUGGGGCUUGUUUCAUGUUUUUUAAAAAGUCUUCAUCAUUUUCAUCAAUGUCAAUUUAUUUACGUAAUUAAAAAUGACAAAGUGUUUACUCUCAGGGACGGGUAAUCAAAGAGCAAGGAGCACUGUGAUGGAGCUGGAGAGGUUUUGAAUUGUGUUCCAACCGAGGCUCUUGUUGCUAUUUUCAGCAGGUUGUAGAUUUAAACAAUUUCCUUAAAAGCUGCAGGCUUUUAUAUUUAACUAAAUAAUACCUUUCACUGUGCAAUCUCAAGAGAAAGCCUUUCUAAAUUAGGCAUUGUCUUUAUCUUGAAGGAAAAAAUUGUCCUUUCAAAUGUGUCUUUUUGUAGCAAGAUUGACCUAACCCAGUAGCAAAUAAGUAGGUCCCUUUUAAUUAACCCUGACGUAAGAUACUGUAAUGGGGAGCUUUGCUAAAAGGAGUGGCCUUUCGCUGGAUUAUGGGACGUGUCCUGUGUGUGAUGUGGGUUUAUCUGUGUACAUACAUAUAUAUGAUUUUUUUAAAAUAAGGUAGCAAGGGUCUUUGUUUUUUAAGUUCAGGAGACAGUGUGUCCUGGCCACACGUACAUGUCACCAGUGUGAUGCUUCGUGACGCUUUAGAAAGGAGGUGAUGCCUCAUUCAGUAGUCAGUUGCAAACAUGACACUAUGUUGUUUUCAUGUUUUCAAAUAAAUUCUGAGGGUCUGCAUUACCUGCUUUAGCACCAACACUAAGUCGUGCCUUGUGUAUCUGCAUUGGCUAUAAGUGCAAAAGAGUAUUGAUUUAGCGAGAAUAAGGUAGACUCCUUAAUUAUUGUAAAGCUCUACCUUGCAAAUACUGUGGAAUGACUUGCAUUUUAAAAUAUAUUUGCACAUUCUGUGUGGUUGCCUUGGGGUGUUCUGUACAGAUUGUUUCUGUUGAUAAUGAAAUGGAAAUCGUAGGCCUAAAACAUGUUGUUCCUAAGUGAAGUAAAUUGGUAGAACCUAGUGUUAUCUGUA